AUGGAAUCUAUUACGGUUAUUCCGAACAGCGAAGAAAUACUUCAUUUUCGAAAUACUCCAAUAACACGUUUACGGUCCAAUUUAGAUAAGGUACGCAUCGAGUCUAUCGUCUUGCGUUUCGUACUCAAAUACUUCGGAAUACGAAAAGUUUCGUGAAUCGAAAUAAGUAUUCAACAUCGACGAUAUACCGCCUGUUAUGCGGAAGAGUGCGUAUCUGUAUUCCGUACUAGUACACAGACAGUUGUGAGAAACUAGAGGAAGAGUCAUUACCGGGAAAGGAAGAAUUUUAUAGCACGCUGACUGAGAAAAAUGUCGAGGAGACAGAAUGCGAGCACGCGAAAAAUGUAUGGACACAUUUCAACUCUCGGAUAAUAGGUGAAUACAGUGGUUACCUUUACCUAAAGAUUGAUAUGAUGAUGCUGACCGACGUGUUCGAGAACUUCUGUGAUAUGUGUAUGACAACGCAUAACCUAGAUCCGGCUUACUAUACGCUAUACGACGCAGAGAUUCAGUUUCAAUUGUAUGUUAAAAUACACCACAAUAGAACUUGAGCUGAUUUCCGUCUAUGUUAAUAUUAGAAUAAGGUACUCAAUUUUUUAAAUUAUUUUAAAUACCUAUUGUAUUAAUUUUAUUUUAUAGGCAUACGUGGUGGUUUGGUUCAGGCGGGUAUACGGUAUGCAAGGCUAAUAAUCAUACUGUACCGACUAUGAUUAAACAAAAGACGAUUCAUGGAUUAUAUACCAGGACUGUAAGUAUACUUACCUAUUUUUUUUUUUCAAAUUAAAUACUAAUAAAUUUCUUAGGUAGUUUCUUUGGUAUUAACUUGAAUGGCUGGGCUAUAUCUCAGUACAUGACAUACGAUGGUUUUGAGUAGGUCCAGCCAACAUUAGAUGUACUCAAGGAUUUGAACGAUACUUUACCAAUAGGACGAGUGUAUGAUUUUGACAUCACAUACCUGGGUAAUCUGCACAAUGAGCACAACAAUUAG